UAUCAGAGUGGGUAAUCUGCAGAAAAGCACCAUUGCCUAUUUGCCUUACGUCCAUCUUUCCGUUCGUCUGUUGUGCUACGUUAUCAACAUGGUUCUCAAGGCUGUAUGUGUUCUCAAAGGCACCGGGGAGGUGACUGGCACGGUGCAUCUUGAACAGCAGAGUGACACUGCUCCAGUGAAGUUGACGGGCGAGAUCACUGGGCUAGAACCAGGUGAGCAUGGCUUCCAUGUCCAUGCCUUUGGAGACAACACAAACGGGUGCAUAAGUGCUGGUCCUCAUUUCAACCCUUUCAACAAGACCCAUGGAGGACCAACUGAUGACGUCAGGCAUGUAGGUGACCUCGGCAAUGUCACUGCAGGGGGCAACAAUGUCGCCAAAAUCAACAUUGAAGACAGUCUGCUUACUUUGAAUGGACCAAACUCAAUCAUCGGAAGAACCAUGGUGAUUCACGAAAAGAUUGAUGACCUGGGGAAAGGAGGCAACGACGAGAGUCUGAAGACGGGGAACGCUGGUGGCCGCCUGGCUUGUGGAGUCAUUGGGAUCACCCAGUAAAGGCCACAAGCCAGCCUUCUACAACAGCAGCACUUAAACCACUCUAAAGAGGCACUGUUAUGGACGCCUGAGCAAGCACUAAACUCUUUGAAGAUCCAAAUGUAGUUAUUUUAUUCCCCAACAAUCAGGAUGGUCUAAGAAUAGCUUUAGAUGCACAGCCCUCUGGUGAAGCAGUUUUUUUUUUCUGUUUUUUUUUUUUUUCUUUCUGUCUUAUUUCUAAUGUUCAUGUUAACAAUAUAUCCAUCUCCUGUUAAAUGGCAAAUACAUGGCAUUGGUACAACCAAUUUAUGUUCUUGCUGCUCUCAUUAUUCAAUAAAUGUUAAAUGAGAA